AUGUUUUAUAAGAGCCAUCUGAAGAAGUUCUACCAUAAUUGCUUUUUGUUGGAAUGUGUUGCAUGUUUUCCAUUUUUGACUAACCAAACUGGAUUUGGAAGGACAGACCAACCUUUUAUUUCUAACCAUUUCAAACUUGUGUCUCUCGUCUUCAGGUAUGUCCACGCCCUCUACCUGGGUGCCCAGAGCCGGUGGCACAGGAACGGGCCCCGCCGUCACUUCCACUGGAGGCUGAUGUUUGAGAGCGCAGACAUCACCAUGCUGCGCCUGCUGGAGGCCUUCCUGAAGUCUGCGCCGCAGCUCGUCCUGCAGCUGAGCAUCAUGAUCCACGGGAACGGCGUGCUGCCGCUGCAAGGCCUCUCAGCUUCAGCAUCUCUGGUUUCACUGGCCUGGAUGAUCGCCUCCUACCAGAAGGUUCUCCGAGACUCUCGUGACGACAAGCUGCCCAUGUCCUACAAGGCCGUGAUCGCCCAGAUGCUGUGGCACUUCUUCACCAUCGGGGCGAGGACCGUGGCUUUCGCCCUUUUUGCCUCUGUCUUCCAGCUCUACUUUGGCAUUUUCAUCGUCAGCCAUUGGUGUGUGAUGACCUUCUGGAUUAUCCAGGGUGAGACUGACUUCUGCAUGUCCAAGUGGGAAGAAAUCAUCUACAACAUGGUCGUGGGUAUCAUUUACAUCUUUUGCUGGUUCAACGUCAAGGAAGGGCCCAGUCGCUUCCGUAUGGCUCUGUAUUACUCCGUGACUCUGGCUGAGAACGUGGCGCUAACCGCGGCCUGGUAUACCUACCGUGGCCCCCAAACAAGUGACUCAUCCGCCCUGGUAGUGGUGUGCCUGGUGGCCUGCAGCUUUGCCCUGGGAACCUUCUUCAUGUUGGUGUACUACUGCUGGCUGCACCCGGACGGGCCUGUUCUGGGCUCCCAGUGGGGAGGAUGCGUCGAUGAGGGUGUGGUAGGAACAGGGGGGAUGGUGGGAGUUAUUGACUCUUGCCUUACUCCAUCGCAAGGGUCCCAAACGGAUAUGGUCAUUACCAGUCCUCCACGGACUUUGCCCAGGACUAAGGAUAAAGACUUGGGGGAUCCGGUUCCUGGGGAGCGGGACAGAGACAAGGACAGCUGCCUACCUGUCUUCCAGGUACGCCCCUCCCCUUCCUCCUCUCCCGCUCUGCUGCACAGGACCUCCUCCACAUCCCGUGCACAAGAGGGUCCUGUGAUCAGGAUUGACCUCCCAAGAAAGCGAUACCCAGCCUGGGACGCACACUUUAUCGACCGCCGCCUCCGCAAGACCAUCCUGCUUCUGGAGACCACCUCGGCCAUAAGUCCACGGAUACAGUACAGGAGCAGCUUGAUGGGCAGCAAAGAGGUGUUAGAAUAUGAGACAACUGUUUAAGCCAACAGCGGCUGUUAAACUACAAAGUGCAGUCUGGGUCCAAGGCUCAGCCCGGAAUCAGUCUUCAACCCAGGAAUAUCUGUGCCGGGAGUAACAUGAAAAGAAGAAAGAGUGUCGGGCGACUCUCAUUGAAAAAAGAGGUUGUCAAACUGCGAUUGUGAAAUGUGAACCUCAAUGUGGGACCAAAGCUGUUGAAGAACAUAUAGCAAGAAUUACCUGUUGGAAGUUCAUGGAGUAUACUGAGCCAGGAUUGUCUCAUUUUCUAACACUUCAAACAAGAGGAAUUUAAUCUUACACAAGGGACCAGUAAGUGUUAGAUUUUGUUUCAACCUGGACGGUGAGGACAACAAGUAAAAGGACACCAGAGAAAUAAAGCUUGAGAUAAUUAAAAAAAAAAAAACAGUCUGCUACAUGAACUGAAGCCUCAGGCCACAGAGACAGAACAGAAAUGUAUGACAUGUUGAAGAAACAGAUUGUCAGAGUGUUCAUGGGGCAUACAAUCAUUUUGGGUUUGGGCAAAAUACAUAAAUCUACAGCCUAUAGAUUUGGCAUUCACAGAUGCUGAGUCAUUGUCUACAACCAAAUUCAUCCCAGGUUUAGCCAAGAUAAACAGACACCUCUUCCCAAUCAGUCACUUCGGCAUGCUUCAGAGAAUUACAAUGACUUGCAAGAAUACACACAGACGAGUCCGAGUCGAUUUGUUGCAAGGGUUGCUUUGUUCUUUCCAUCCAGUCAUGUCCCCAAAAGGUUGCAUGUGCCUCACAAAUCUUUGGUAAUUGUGCUCUUUAAACAUUUUGUCAGAGGCGUAUAAAGGAAAAAGCUGCUCGAAUUCCCCAGCAGGGCCUUGGCUUUCAUCCGAUGAUGGAUCGUAACUCAGUCUAAGCUCAGACGGUCCAUGAAACGUAGGCCUGCAAUACAACUGAUACCAAUUCACCCAUCCAUUUGUGCCACAACUGCAGCCAUAGCACAAGUCUCACUGUUUACAUCUUAGCUGCACUGUCGACCCCAGCACCAACGGACUUGCUUGGAAAGCUGAACGAGGAUCUGAUAAGUGGAUGUACGUGAGCAGCUUCUCAAACUGCUACCGAUGGAUGGCAUGCUGUAAAUCGCCAGAAACAGGUCUGUGAUGUACAGUUGAAUAAAUGCAGAUGUCCAAUACUGUAUAAGAUGUUAAAAUAAGCUGUAGUUAGGUGACGAAUGCCUUUUGUGAGUAAGGAAGCUUCAUUUACUCGUAAGAGUCUAAAUGUUGUCCAAAGUGGUUCACUUUUUUCUAAAAAUCAUAUUAUGUAGGAUAAGGAGGAUAUCACGGUCUAUUUCAGUAUACUAUGAACUGGUUUUUAAGGGUUUGAUUUUGAGGGCAAAAAUAACAAAAAGAAAUAUAACACUUGUUUAAAGUUAACUGUCAAGACAAAGAGUACAGAUAUGUUUUUGCAAACUAGGUAGUUGCAAUAGUUGAUGUCUUUUGUAACAAAAAGGAUAUGCCCACCGUCUAAGUUCUUUUGUUGGGUUUGGUUUCUUUGGAGGACCAUCAUGUUUUAAGAUUAAGAAAGUUCUGCCUCCCCCUUCAGGCAGGGAGAGCAUUAACUGUAUAAACAACGCUGGUGCUUGGAGUGUAUAUCGUUGGUGGACGUGGUCACUGAAUCAAGAAGUUAAACAGAAGUGAGAAAGUUCCUAAAAGUGCAACAGCACUGAUUAGUGGCUCUGGCUCCAGUAGUUUCCAAUUGAAAAAAAAAACAUCUUUUGGAUACAAAUCUUUAUGGUCUCCAUUGUUUUGGUCCUUAAUUCAGUCCAAACUAAGGCUUUACUGUCAGGUUUUAAAAAGGUCAAUAUUCUGCUAAAUUAGAGGAUUUUAAACUACAAACUACCAACCAACAGGCGAUGCCCAGAGACUAAAUCCAUUUGUUUUAUAAUCUACAGUUGGUUUUGUUUGGAGAACACAUUCCUUUAAAUGCAUAACUUUGGGCAGAAGUUUACUUUGCCACUAUUAGGCAUGGGCCGGUAUGAGAUACUCACAACUUUGAUUAAAAAUUCUUGAUUUAAUUACUUUUAUCUAAAAUAGAAACUCAACAAUUGUUCAGAAAGUUACAUAUUUAUGAUGGUGUUAAGAUGAUGUUAUUGUUCAUUCUGCCCAUGGAUGGACCAGACCUUUACCCUAGCAGAGUUGUUAGGUCAUAUGAGUUUGCUUGUCUGGGCCACUUGCAUCUGAAGAACGUCUAUGAGGGAGUAUGAGUCGCCUGGUUUGCUUUGAAGGGCUAUCUGGUCAUUUUACACCAAAACCAAUGCUGUCUCGAAUGUUUAGCACAACAAAGAUGCUUAUUCCCAGUGCAGGAUGGACUCCACUCUUUGAUCGAAGUCCUAGGCCCCUUUGGAUGUUUUCCAAGCAUGCACAACUGGAAGGAGACUCCAGAGCAGAGAAGACUGGAAGCACAGAGAAGACUGGAUAUAUUCCCAAACCACCAAAUUUGUCCUUUUUGUAAGCAAGGAAAGAGUAUAGAACCUUUAUUUCAAUCAGCUCAUCAACAAGAAGAGGGAAAGGCAGCACUCAGGCUCAUCCAUGCAGUUGGUCAAACUUACCUUAUUCCAGUGAAUUUGUGGAAGCCCAGUAAAAUGACUUUAAACUGUAGGAACUUUUUAGUAGUCUAAAAACCCUUGUAUGCCUUGAUACUGGUUACCGGCCCAUGCCUGAUCAAUUUAGACUCCAUACACUGAGGCAACAAUCAACAGUUCAGGUCUGAUGCUUUUGGAUGUGGGCAUUUUUUGGCAGCAUGUCAGUUAUUGAAUAAACAUUGGAUGUUGCUCUUUCUUUUAAUGUUGUGUAUGAAAAAGAAGGGUGCAGUGAAGACAGAAGGAAAGUGGCUGAAUCAAUGUGUCUGUUCUCGUUUUUCAUCUUGGACAAUUCAAAACCGCAGGUGACGGGGAUACAUUGUUGAGUUUUUAACGAAUCAACAACCAGCAGCGUUUGGAUUUUUCUUUUCAUAUUUUCAUGAGACAUUUUCUAAGUUAGUUUAACUGGAGGCUUGUUAAAGAUGCAGAUGGAUCCUCAACAUAUCAGAUUUGUCUUUCAGCUGAUAACCAAAGUUAGUAAUUAGCUGGUUGGAAACCAUUGGAUUGCUAAAAACAGAUGGUUCUCCAGCUUUUGCUACCUAGGAUGCAGCUUCGGAGGUCAAAGUUUAGCCCCACCACUAACAGGGUGUGGCUAAAUGUCACUAUCUGCUAGAGAAUGAAAGAUAUUGCCUGGUCAGCAACAGCUUCACUUUCAUCUUCAUCAAACUAUUUCUCCCCAACAGCCUCUUUGAACUUAGACUUAGUCUUUUUCUGAAGCCGUUAGGUGAGGUUCCCGUCUAAAAGUUGGUCUGACUUGGUAAAAAGUGGAGGUCUCUUUCUGUCUCUUUGAGAAAAACUUACAGCAAUGUAGUGAUUAUGUGUAAAGUGGUAACAUUUACUCAAAGGUGGGUGUUUUUUCUUAUAGAAAUACUAUCCUUGUGCAUGCCAUCAGUUAAAUGGGGUUUUUCAGCUAUGUUGCUGUAACAUCAAGAUGUUGAGGCUCAGUAAGAAUGCAGUAGAUCUCAGUGUUUGAGGAAGAUCCCAGUCCAUAGCUCCUUGAUGCAGGUACCAAUGAACACCAUAAUACAGCUAUGAAGAUUCUCAAUAUAUCAGAAGACAAUAAAUUUGGAGAUUUCUGUUGCUGCCACGUUGAGUGAACAAAACCGAUUGUUGCAUUCUAAGAACUCUGAGAAAUAUCAAAAAAGACUCAAACGCCGGUACAUUGUGACCCUAAGAGCAUCUUCUGUUCUUGCUUUAUUAUGUCCUCAGUCGUCGUCCGUUGAGUGUUUUACUGAUGGCGCAAACACACUCUUCUGUUUCCUGACGUGUUUGAAGGAUUGCUUCAUUGAGUGUUCAGUGGAACGUAAAGAAAACCCAGUCUGUGUCAUUAAAAGACAGUAGGACAGAGGUGCUCUGACUCUUACAUAAUGCCCUCCACACUUACUGGCUCACUGGUAGAGAUGUGUAAAGAAGUUUUAACUUUCCAUUGAAGCUGCAUAAUUUCACUCCAGGUCUUUGCACUUAAAGUCUUCUCCUUUAAUGUUUCAGAAGGUUGGAGCGAGCAGAGAGAGGGAUCUUUAACGGUUUCGUGCAGACUUCAGCCCGCAGGGUUAUUUACAGGGUUUGGAUCCGCGGACUGAGAGCGAAUAGAAAAGGAUUUUAAACCUUGAGAACCCUUAUAUUGAUUUGCCUUCUGCAUCAGCUCCAAGUGCUCAACAUGCCACUCAAUCUUGAAAUAUUCCAAGAUAUUUGGAAGAGAAACUGGCUCACAGCUUACAGGUCAAUCGCCAUAAUUAACAAUGAACACGGGAAGGUUUACCACAUAUUACUUUCUUGUUUUACACCUGAUAUACCUGGACUGUUGCUGAAAAGCUCAAUCUCAUAAUAGUUUAUGUCCGAGCAGGGAUGAGCAAACUCCACAUAAUUAUAUUUUUGGUGGUGGGACUUUUUCCAGACAGUGUCUAAUGGUGAUAAAGACUGGAUGAGCCUCUCUGCCACUCAUUGGCACAUUGGAGAUGCAUAUUUGUCCUUUACCACCCUCCUUACUGUGUGGGGACCAGAUAAACUCAUCCAGACAUGUUUGUUGAAGGGCCAGUUGUAAAACCUUUAGGUUGAGGGGAUUUUUUUUUUCUGGAAGCUAUUUUCUUACUUGCCUGUUUUGUUGGCCAUUAAAGCCUAUAAGACACAUUGGUCAACUUCAAAAUUAUUAUUUUACAGAGAUUUUAAGUGUAGCCAUUAUGAUAUAGGAAUUUUUUUUUUUUUUUUACUUUGGUGUUUAUUUAUCCCCUCACUUUGCUACAAUAAAAUAUUUAUCUUAAGACUUUGACACAUCUGUACCAAUAAGUGGGAAGGGCAUCAACCAUGAUCCAGAUCAUUCAGGAAGGCAAACAAAAGCAAACAGCCGCAGUUUGAUGAUGCAGACCGUGUCCUACCUGAACCCGGGGACGUCAGUCCACUGGUGACAUACACAAAGGUGUUAAUGGUGCUGAAAACAAUGACUUUUUGUUACAAAUGAUCAUGACCUGACAGGCUAAUGUGCGGCUGGUGCAUACACAAACCACCCAGUCACAGGCCAAGGUACACUUUGCUUUCUCUGAUUGGGUCAUGCAGCAGUUUUUCUGUCGUUAAGCUAAGAUAACAGUUGAUAGUAAUGUGCUGAUUAUAUAUUGACUUGAACAAGAACAUGUUUAAAUGUUAUCGAGUCCAAAAGCUCGAAUCAUCUUUUGUUAAUUAAUGCAAGGAGUUUAUGUUGAUUUAUUUUUGUAUUUGUUUUAUAUCUAUUUAUCUAUUGUUUGCUCACUUGGUGGCCAUGUCUUUGGUAUGACUCUUUUAUUAAGAUGUAAAAUAUGAAAAUAGUUUGUUUUUUUUACUCAUUCUAUAUUUCUGUAAAUAUCAGAGUGAUACUAUUCUAGGAUGUGCGUGUUCAAGUAUGUGUGCUUUGGUAUGUAAGUAUGUUGUGUAUGUAAAGUAUGUGUGUACUGUAAGGAUGUGCUCUCAGUUUCCUCUUCUACUUUGUUUUUGAUAAUGCCGCUUAAACAUCCUUUGAGUGAGCAAGCAGAAAAAUAAACCUGUGGUGAAAAUUAUCUAUGACGAUGUUAAAAAAAAAAGAAGAAAAACAAAGAACUCAACAAGCUGUGCUGAUUACUGUAGGUGGGAAAAAUACUGUAGUAAACAUGGCUCAACAGCCAUCAGAAUAAACUCAA